CUAGUUUUUGACCCGAGAUGACCCAUUUUCGAACUCGGCCUAGAUUUCAUCAAAGUUAUCAUUCUGACCAAUAUUCAUGAAGAUUAAAUGAAAAAUACAGUCUCUAUCGCAUACACAAGGUUUUUCUUUGAUUUGACCUAGUGACCUAGUUUUUGACCCGAGAUGACCCAUUUUCGAACAUGGCCUAGAUUUCAUCAAGGUUAUCAUUCUGACCAAUAUUCAUGAAGAUUAAUUGAAAAAUACAGCCUCUAUCGCAUACACAAGCUAAAUGUUGACAGACGACGGACGACAGACGACAGACGACGGACGACGGACGCCGGACAUCGAGCGAUCAGAAAACUCACCUGAGCAUUGCUCAGGUGAGCUAAAAAAUGUUACUGGGAUAUGCCCUGAGAGUCAGGGAGACCAGAAAGGAUGUACAAAGGUCUCAACUGUUGCAGAUGAAAGCCAAAGAGAGAUGACUUUGUUCCAGGGUGACCUGAAAAAAAAACUAUUUGGAAGUUGUGGAAACAUAGCAGAUGACGAUCAGCUAAUUCUUAGAAGGAUUGACUUAUUACCAGUUCAAUUUAUGGCAAAACUAACUUGCAACAACUUGUAUAGUGCCCAGAAAAGUAUAUAUAGUUUACAAUAUAAAGUGGUUUAUAUUUGCGGCAGUUCCCUUACCAGUGGUUACAGAGGGGAAAGGUUUUAUACAAAUACUUUUCGGUAAUUCAAUAACGUUUCGGUAUAUUUACUUUCCUUUGCUUUUUGUAUAAUUUAUUCAGCCUUGUUUUUGACCACAAUCAAUUGGGAAAUAACUAAUUAUAAAACCUUUUUUAUUUUUUAUUUUAUUGCUUGUUCUACGUACUCGUAUUUAAUUUUACAUCAGCACAUAGUUAAGUUAACUGGUACCUUUACUGCGUUGGAAAUACGUUUACCGGCUGCAGCACACCGACUUCUACCAUUCCCUACAUGCCCUUCUGACCGGGCUAGAGGAAAUACCACCACUUGAUUUCGAUUGUGCUGGUUCUAUCACAUUUCGUCAUACAGAAGACUUGGCUGCUGAUGACCCAACCCAAGAGUUUCCACUGAUAAACACAUGUAGUUUUGAACUGCGACUACCAAUUCUGGACACAUACGAUAUGUUUGUGGAGAGAUUUUCUGCUGCUAUGUCAGUGGAUAGGUUUACUCUGUAUUUAGCAAGUGAGCAGCAAUUACCAGAUUGUCAUUUAAGGGUGCAUUUGUUAUAAAUUCCAUACUCCGUAACAAAUGUAUCAAAUUCUGUUUAUAGUUUUACAUCAUUUUGUUACACUGCAAUGUUCAUGGACAAGUGUUUUGACAAACCAUUAGUGUUACUUUUUUGCAGCAUUUAUUUAUCUAAAGCUUUUGCUAAGCUUUUAAUUUUACAUUUUAUACAAAAUUAAUUUAAUAUGCCGCAUCCCGAUACCGGCUGUUAGUUAUGCCUGAGUCACAGGUAGUUAUUCCCCUUGAAUUCUCUUCAAUGUAAAGGUACGUGGUGUAAAUAAAGAUCAACUUUCUUAUUUAUUUGAGCUACUACAAUGGUUAUGUAGGGCUUUACAGGGACAGACCCCUUUCAAAGUGCUACAGGACAAAGAGUGGAAGUAUAUAUGUAUUUGCCCAAAGGGUGGUUCAGCCAGAAGUGCAAAUGGCAAGUCUGAUGCACCUCUUUCGGAAGACCAGGCAAGGAGGCUACCCGGAGUGGGCAGGAAUCAUCUACUACCAGAUGAUGGUGUACCAGGGGCCAUCAUCGUGUACGCCAACUACUACCGGUGGAAGAAGGAAGAAGUAGACGUCUUCAAAGAGAUGCUAUUCAGAGGGUAAAUUAUUCUGAAAUUAAACUGGAACAGAGGAGACAUUUGAGGAUCUUGUUGAUGCUGCCUCUUACAAUCUGGAUGAUUCUUGGAUCAUGCUGAAGGGUGGUAAACAAUUGAGUAUAGAUAGAGAAAACUUCAAGAAGGUGUUCAGUAACAACAUCUUUAAAGAAGGUGUAAAAGUGAAAGGAAUGCGAAAAGUGUCCAAGGUGAUGGAAUGUAGUUCGUUCCAAUUUAAUGACGAACUUGAAAAGGAUUUUCGAAAACCAAAAGUUGUGACUGUUGGAGAAGCCCUGGGGUUCCCAGUCAAGAGACGCAUCUCUAUAGAGGGCACACUGAUGCAGGUUGAUGACGUUGCAGAUGGAAUCAAUUAUAAAAGGCGCAGAACUGAGCUGCAAGAGGGAACAUCCAAAAUUUCCCUGAAAUUGUGGGGCAAGGAGAGCGAACAGUCAAUCCCACAGAUUGGGAGCACUGAACGUGUAACAGCUGUGUAUGUGUUUGAAUAUAAUGGGAUCAAGGAAUUAAACUCCAGCAAUGACACAUCAAUUGAGAACUUCAGUGAAAGCUGUGCGGAUGAACUCGCCGCCACCAUCGUGAAGAAUCUGCAGAGGGCAGCCAUAGCAAGGAGACGGGAAGCCGAGAGAAGAAGUCGGCAGUGAUGUUAUUCCGACCAGAAAUGUGCACAAUGCGGCAAUUAUAUGCCAAUAUAGACAAUGCCCAUAGUUGUAUUUUCUUAUUUUGUAUGGGACUAUGUAAUAAAUUUAUUAAUGGUUUAUGGUCGGUUUUUAUUACGAAUUCUGCGUUGUGUAAGCAAUGAUCAAGCUUCUGUAAUGAGUAAUAUAUGCUGAAAGCCUCCUGUUCAA